CCGAUUUUCUGUCCCAAAAAAUACACAGAUUUCUUUUUAGCAAUACAAAAUUCCAUAAAAUAUAUGAACUUUCACCAAAUAAGACCCUUCGAUUCAAUCUCUGUUUAAAGUUAAAAGUAUUUAAAGUAUAUAAAUAUAAUUUCUCUUUGGGCAAACGGAAAAACAAAGAGGCGGUCUUAGCGCAUGCGCAAUGUAUAUGUACACAAAGAUGCGGAAAAUAUGGAUGUCCCAAAAAAGAGAGGACGUCCUCAAAGCUUAACAGAUUCAACUCGUAAGAAGAAAAGGCUCCAAGCUAACCAGACUCACGCGAAAAGUAGGAUUUUUAUUGGUGAAUAUAUUGAAGACUGGAACAGUUUGCGUGACUCGCUUGGAUUGAAAUCAAACCCCGAACUUGCGGGAUUUCUCCUCAACUCUCACUAUGAGUCCCAGAAACGCCUUUCAAGGCAAGGAAUACUUUCUUCAACUCCUGCUAGGCCUCAUCCUCUGCCAAGGAUAUCAGAGUUGAUGCUAUCAGAAAUUUCGUCAACAGAUUCUAAAGGAAAUGGCAGUACUACAGAAACAGCAGAGUCAGGAGUUGAAGAAAUGGAGAAAUCAAGUUUUUUGAGCCCAGCUACUGCAUCUCACCAGUCACCCAUAUCCAAAGGGGAAGAAACAAAGAGAAAAAGUUCAUUGAAAACAGCUUUCUCAUCUUCAUUUGUAGACCCUUUUAGUUUGAGUAUUAGCAUUACGAAAGAAUCUGAAGAAGAAAAAGGAAGUGUUGAUGAUGAUAGUGAUGAUGAUUUUGAUGUAGAAGAAUAUGAAGUGACUUUAGGUGAAGAUGAAACUAUUGACAUCGAAGAUGUAGCUGGAGGUGACUUGGUCUUUGGAAAUGAUGAAGUUAUAGAGACGGAGGAUGAACCACCAGAAUACUUCACUGGCCCAGGUAUCACGCAGGUGUUGUCGAUGGAGGAAUCAGAUGUUGUACUUGCAUCAGAAAAAGUGAUCGCAUAUGAGAAACAGUUGCUGCUUUUAGCAAAAACAAAGAUUGAUGAGCGCUGCUUGGUUAAAGGGUGUCCAGAGCUUGUAGAGAUUUCAACAAAAUAUGUUGCAUCUGCAUUAUACAUUAUCUGGUCAUGUCCUAGGAAGCAUAUCAAACACAGAUGGUGCUCCCAACCACUGCUCAACAAUGGACUACACAGUGGGGACCUGAUGAUAGCAGCAGCAGUUCUGUGCUCGGAAAACAACUUUAGCAAGGUGGAAUUGAUGGCAAAGAUCCUAAAACUGCAUUUUCCAAGCCAGUCGUCAUUUACUCGUAUGCAACGCACCUAUCUUGUUACUGCGAUUGAAGAAAAAUGGGAUGAACAUCUUCGCAGCUUUCGGGCAGAGCUUGAGGAUAAAGACGUAGUUCUUCUUGGGGAUGGACGUAUGGACAGUCCUGGCCAUUGUGCCAAAUAUUGUACAUAUUCCAUGAUGGAGAAUGACAGCAAGAAGAUCAUUGCGAUUGAAACACUUGACAAGAGGGAGGUGGGGAAGAAAAGCACUAACAUGGAGAAAGCUGGCUUUCAGAGAGCUUUGGAAGAUGUGAGGUCCAGCAACAAUGUCACUGAAGUAGUGACUGAUGCACAUUUACAGAUUGGUGCAUUAAUGAAACGCCAGUACCCUCAAAUUAAACACUCCCAUGACAUAUGGCAUGCCGCCAAAAACCUGGGGAAAAAAAUUGUCACGGCUGGUCAAGAAAAGAGCUGUCGGGAGCUGCUGAACUGGAGCCAAGAUAUAGUUAAUCACUUUUGGCACUGCAGUAAAAUGGCCAACACCCAUGAAGAAUUUUUGGAUCUAUGGGUAGGAGUGCUUCAUCAUGUUCAGAACGAACAUGAAUGGGCAUUGUCAUAUGUCGGUCUGUCACCAGGAUCGUGCUCCCAUGGUGAAUUAGAAGAAAACAGGGACAAAGAAUGGAUAGAGAAAGGAAGCCCAGCACAUCUAGCCCUGACCAAAAUCGUACUUGACAAGCGCUUCCUGAAUAAUAUCCACUACUAUCUCAAUUUCAGGAGUACAUCAAAUUUAGAGAUUUUUAAUAACCAUAUUCUCAUGUAUGCAUCCAAGAGGAUAUCGUAUUCACCACCAGUAUAUAGAGCAAGAAACAUCUUGGCAGCUCUUGACUACAAUUUGAGUGUGGAUCUUCCAACAGAUACUCGAAAGGAUGGCACAACAAGAUAUCAUAGGACUUAUUCAAAGAAGACUGGGAGGUGGACUGUAGUCCAGAGGAAAACUCAGAAGACCUACAGCCAUGUCUCGGAUAUCAUGAGGAAGAUUCUCCAAAGUCGCUUGGAGUCGGUGGGAGGCAUGCACCAGGCAGCUGAACUUGCAGAAGGAGACCCUCGACGCAUUUCCAGAACCAUAGCCCCAAAGUCACCACCUCCAACAACCGAGCUUGUGGUUAAGAAGAAAUCAAGAUUUCAAUAAAUAGACUUUAAAUUUCUUAUGACAGGCUCAAGUGAGCUGUUCUGUUCAAAAUUUGUCUCCCGUUUAUGGUCAUAAUAGUAACAAAUUCUUCAAAAAUAGUUAGAAAUAUUCAAAGCACACAUAUUUUAAAGCCAGAUGAAGGUGAGAAUCAAAAUCGGCAUAUUAAAGUAACAGACAGGUCUGCUGUUAUUGAUUACAAGUGAAACGCCCCAAAAUUAAUGACAUCAGUAUAUUUCUCUUUAUAUUUUUGGGGAAUUAUUGAAAUUGUUAGUUGUAUUUUUUUUUUUAAUGUUUAAUGUUUCAUUUUGUUAGGUGCACAAAUAAAAUAAUUAAACUGAAAUAAACUAAAAUGACUAAGAUAGCUAAAUGUUAAUGAUGGCUUUUAAUCAGUAGAAAGAAAUAGAUUGACAAUGUGUACUGAGAUUCCACUGUUUGUGUUCAACUAGAUAUAUACUGGUACAUGUAAUUAUAUAGCCAUUCUUGUACCAAACGCUGCUUAGAGUUAAUGCCAAUAUGAGCAAUGUAGCCCCUUGGCCUUGUUUUAUGAUGUUUCAAAGUGUAUGCUUUUUAUUGAAUGUCGGUUAUGUUUUGCAAUUAUUGCACAUCAUUUACACUUCUUUUCUUAUAAUUCAGGUUUUGCUUGGUUUACCUAUUUCUGUUUGCUUUAUUAAAAAUGCACUUGCUUUGUAUUGCAGUAAAUAUGGACCAAAUUCAUUGUAAAGGUGUGACAAUUUGUAACAUCUCAAAAAGCUACUGUGUAGCAAAUAACUUUUGUUUUUUUUCAUUUGUAUGUUCAAUACAUGUGCAAUUUAAGAAAAAGAAUAUUGAGAAUCAUUGAA